GGAUCUUGAAUCCUGGUCCUCGUAUAUUCGUGUACUGAGUCGCGCAUUUUUGGAGCCUUCCUCAGACUAAAAUCUUAACCGCAGUGGCUCUUACAGUCUUACUGCUGUUUGUGGACAAGCAAAACACUGUUGUCCAGUUUGUUUCUUUGAGACAAAUUUGUUAGAUGCAAUUGCUCCUAUUAAUUGUCAAAAGGGAUGCUAGGAAAAUCAUUUGCUUCUCCUCUGCUGACCUUUGACUUUGCAACAUGCUGCAUUUUGUCUCCUGAUCUUGCAACAGCUGCACCAAGUGUAGUUCCUUUUUGUGUUAACCUCAGUAGUUGUUUUCCAAAAACUGUGAGGAGAGGGCUUUGGACUUCCCCAAUCUCACCCAAGAAAUGGGUAAUAUAUUCAACUUUACAAGUUGACAAUAUAGCAUUGGAUGAUGAAGAUAGAAAGACAUGGGAAGCAUCCAGGCAAGCUUUGUCUGCAUUUGAUUUCAGCACAGAGGAGAAAGACAAGAUACUUGCAAAAGCAUUUGGACAUGUACAUUCACCAUACUGGAGUGAGGAACGUAAGAAGGAAAUACCGAAGCUUGAAAUCGUAAAUGAAAUAUUAGAUUAUCUCAGAAGUCUAGCACUCUCAGACGAUGAUCUACACAAGUUGCUUAAAAAAUUUCCUGAAGUUCUAGGAUGCAGUCUUGAAGAUGAAGUGAGAAACAAUGUGCAGAUACUGGAAAAGGACUGGGGGAUAAAAGGUAAGACUCUAAGAAAUCUUCUUCUCCGGAACCCAAAGGUUUUAGGUUACAACAUUGAUUGUAAGGGAGAUUGUAUGGCAAAAUGUACCCGAUGCUGGGUUCGGUUCUAGCUGUCUUGAUUUUUCAACUAUUCUUAGAUACAGAUGGAGCAUCAUCAUGUUAAUAUUACUUGAUUUUUGAGCUCCAAUGUAUGCCUUUUGUACGCAGGUGUAGGUUACCAAAUUUGAUGCCUUUUGUUUUUGAUGUCUUAUGAAUAAAGUCUAUUCAGUCAG